AUGUCGGAGAAGGCUGCUGCUGCUAUCGUUAAUGUCCGUACCUCUGAUGGUGUGGUCGUCCCUAUCCCUCUGAAGGCUGCAUGCUUUAGUAUCCUGGUCAACAACAUGGUUGAUGAUGCUAGUGGUAGCAUCAAUGAGGAGGAGAUACCUCUACCUAAUGUUACGUCCAAGAUACUAAGCAAGGUCGUUCAAUGGUGUGAAUAUCAUGUUGAUAAUCCUGUUAGUGUUAUCAAUAAGCCAUUGAAGAUGGGCGGUCGUCUUCGUGACAACGGAGUGUCCGAAUGGGAUGAUAAGUUUGUGGACUUACCAGAGAAGGAGUUAUUCGAUGUGAUGCUAGCGGCCAACUUUAUGGAUAUAAAACCACUACUGGAGUUAUGCUGUGCAUCGGUAGCUUCCUCUAUCAAGUCCAAGACGGUUGAGGAACUACGACAAGAGCUUGGUGUUGGUGAGGAUGGCUUUACGGCUGAGGAGGAGGAAAAGAUACUCCGCGAUAAUGCAUCUUGGUGUAAGGAGGCUGCUGAGAUGUUGCAGGACAUAGAGAAGGAGAAGGCCGUGGCUGCUGCGGCUGCUGCCAGUGAGGGCGUCUCUGGCGAGGAGCAGACAUCCGAUGCUGGUGAUGGGAAUUAGACUUUGAAUAGGAGAGUCGUAUGCCAGCGAUAAAUUGAGGAGCACUGUAGAGUUGGAUAUUGUAUUCAUUUUUCU